UGUGUGUGCGCGCGCGUCUGUGUUUGUGUUUGUGUUUAAUCUGUUGAACACUGACGUCUACUCGGCCUCUCUUGAGGCUCUCCUGCCCGUUCGGUUGCUACACUUAUUUCUACUUCAACUGUUGUUGUUGUCCACCUGGUAAAUAAUGACGCGACCGCCAUUAUUAAUUCCCAUUGGUCGAGCGGGUCUCCCUCCUCCCUCCCCUCGAGUCCCGCCGGUUCAGAACUUCAGGAGACCAGACGACCAUCCUCCACACUCAGCAUGGGGGCGUUGGGACUGCUGCUGCUGCUGGGGCUCCUCUCCGGGGGGUCUGCAGUGAUUCACUCUCUGAGCGUCAGUGAGAGAGCCGUACCCAAACAGGCCUGGAUGGACCAGCUCACCAGAGACCACCCAGACUACUGGGAGGAGGAGACUGGAAGAUAUCAGGGUCAACAGCAAGUCUUCAAGGUCAACAUAGAGAUUGUUAAGAAGCGCUUCAACCAGACGGGAGGUGCCCACGUGUAUCAGAGGAUGUCUGGCUGUGAGUGGGAUGAUGAGGAUGAUACUACUUAUGGUCAUGAACAGUAUGCCUACGAUGGAGAGGACUUCCUAGCGUUUGACCUGAAGACCCUGACCUGGGUCGCUGCAGUACGUCAGGCUGUCCCCUCCAAACUGAGAUUGGAUCAGAAUAGAGCUGGUAAUCAACGCAAGAAGAACUACCUCACCAAGGAGUGUGUUGAUUUGCUGAAGAAGCUACUGGCCUAUGGGAAGAGCACUCUGCAGAGAACAGAGCGUCCGCGGGUGUCUCUGCUCCAGAGGAGCCCCUCCUCCCCAGUGGUGUGCCAUGCUACAGGCUUCUACCCUGACAGGGUGGUGGUGUUCUGGAGGAGAGACGGCCAGGAGCUCCAUGAGCAGGUGGACCCCGGGGAGGUCCUCCCCAACCACGACGGGACCUUCCAGGUCAGCGUGGACCUGGACCUCACGGCCGUCCCACAGGAGGACUGGGGGAGGUACGAGUGUGUGGUCCAGCUGAAAGGCAUCGAGGACAUCCCCAUCCCCCUGGACCCCGCCCUCAUCAGGACCAACGGGGGUUCUUCUGACAGCUGCUCUGGGAACACUGAGGGGCAGAAUCCGGCUCCUGAGGCCCAACCUUUGACCACAGGAACCCCCCAGGAGGAGUCCCAGGACCCCCCAGCGCCCCCAGCAGCGUCCCAGUGCGGCCCCCACUCCCUGAUGUUCAGGCCCAAGGGGGGGAGGGUCUUAAGCUUGGCUCUCCACCUCUGCUCCGCCUCCUUCCUCUGUCUGUCCGCCCAGCACGCCUUCACCUCCAGCCCGGUGAUGAACAGUGAGGUGAUGGGGUGAGUUUGGAAGUGUUGGACGAUGUGAGUGUUGAGAGUGCCUACGUGUAUAGUAUAUAAGAGCUGUUUAAGUCGGGUGAGUAUCGUGUGCUUUGUUUCGCCGUCAUAUAUGACGUGGCAUUGGGAGCAUGUGACGGCGUAGAGGAUGUUAUCGUCCUGCAUGGUGAGGUUUAGUGUGACAGGGCUGGAGGUGGAGGCGUGCUGGUUCCAGACGACCGCCAGCUGCUGAGAGGGGCUUUGGUGUGGAGGGGGGGGGGGGGCUUCUGAUAUCUGUGGAGAAGAGGCCCCCACCAGGACAUCCUGGAGGUCCUGUUGUUCCUGUAGGCUGAUAGUGUGGGGUUGGAGUGUGGGGUUGUUGUGUUGUGCGCGUGUGAAUGUGUGUUUCAGUGUGGAGUGUGUGUGAUGUGUUGUGUCAAUGUGCUGAUGAGGGGUACGAUGUGUGUGUGUGGCUGCCCCCCCCCCCUCCCCCCCUGAUC